UUUGUUAAAACAGAUUGAAAUAUAAGCGGAGAUAGAAAUAGAAGAGCACCAUAAAAGUUGCAGGUGCAUCGGGAGCGGAGACGACGCAAAAAACUAUUAUGAAGCAUGAACAUCAACAUUUCAAGAAACAACAACAGCAACGGAGGAACCCCACAGGCUUGUUCUGCUUGUAAAUACCAACGUAGGAAGUGCGGUCCAACCUGUAUUCUCGCACCAUAUUUUCCUCACGAGCGUCAAAAACAGUUCCUCAACGCCCAUAAAUUAUUCGGCGUUGGUAAAAUCACCAACAUGCUUAAGAAUGUUCCUCCUGAAUCCAGAGAUGUAACCAUGUCUACUAUUGUUUAUCAAGCUGAUAUGCGUGCUUUGGAUCCUGUUGGUGGUUGUUAUCGACAUAUUCAGACUCUGCAGGCUCAGAUUGAUUAUUUCACUGUUGAGCUUCAUUUUGUUCUUCAACAGCUUGCUAUUUGUAGAGCCGCAGCUGCUUCUUCUUCAUCCAAUCAUCAUCAUUAUAAUGAUAUCGUCGUAAAUGGUAACGUUAAUGGUAUCGGUAACGACGAUAAUAAUAAUAAUAUUAAUCAUAAUGAUGAUGAAGGUGUUAUUAUCCCUCCUCAUCAUUAUCAACAUCAACAGAAUUUUGUUGAGGAACAACUGGAUGAUGUUAAUAUGUUUCAACCGCAACAGCAACAGCAGAUGCAACCGCAGUAUGUUGUUGAUGAUGUUGUCGGGGUUAACCCUAAUUAUGUUCCUUUGCAAGAGGAUCUUAAUACGUGGGUGAAUUCAAUACCGUUGUCGCCGUUAACGUUGCAGGAUAAUAAAAAGGAGGAGGAUGAGGUGGAUCAAGAACCUGUUGGUGAUAAUCGUUUGAAUGAUGAUCAGAAACCUGUUUUUGACCUAAGUAAUGAGAUGAAUUCGUCGGAUAUCGUCAGAGGUAGUACUAAUGAUCCGAGACAGCAGCUAUGAUGAAGAGGUAUUGUGAAUGAGAAACAAGGCUGUAAUAAAAGGAGAAAAAGAUGAGCCCAUAGAUUGGAAAGGUGCAGCAGCUUUGUUUAUUCUUUUUAAGUUAUUAGAAUAGAUUCCAGAAACUUUUUGCUAGUUUUUUUAGAUUUAGAGUAGUGUCCACAUUUCAGAUUAGUAAUUUUUUAGCACACAAGGAUCACUGGUGUGCAUGUGUUUUUUUUGUAAGGCAUAGAUUUCUUUCCUAUUGCUGUUACUGAUUUGAGUUUUUCUGAGGCUAUAACAUUUUUUUUUUCAAUA